AUGCACGUCGCGUACAUACAGUACCUUUCAUUCACAGCUUGCCAAUCUGCGGUCCUCGUUCAUCAAUCCCCAGUUCACGUAGUUCUCCUAGUUGUUUACCUUCACUUUAGAGCAGUUUGUGUUGUGUGUCGACAACGAUCGGGCUCCGUUCAGAUUACGGCGAAUGGAGGAGUGGAGACAAUGCCUCAGUGGGAGGGUUUAAAAUGUGAUGCGGAAGUUGGUGGGAGGCCAACACACCUUUUGCCUCUUUCUGUUAUAUGA